AUGAAUAAUUACAUGGCUACGAGGGUUUUACACUAUCUUCUUGUGGCAUUUCUGAUUGCCAUUACUUACAACAUCGAUGCAGCAUCUGCAGGAAUCACGCGGCACUACAAGUUCGAUAUUCAACUUAAAAACAUCACAAGAUUGUGCAAGGCGAAAACAAUCGUGACGGUGAAUGGAAAAUUCCCAGGACCUAAGGUUACUGCAAGAGAAGGAGAUAAUCUACAGAUCAAAGUUGUUAAUCAUGUCUCCAAUAAUAUUUCCAUCCACUGGCACGGCAUCCGGCAGAUAAGGAGCGGAUGGGCGGAUGGACCGUCUUAUGUAACACAAUGUCCGAUUCAGACUGGACAAAGUUAUGUUUACAACUUCAAUGUGACCGGACAAAGAGGAACAUUGUGGUGGCAUGCUCACAUUCAAUGGAUGAGAGCUACCGUGUACGGACCCUUGAUCAUUCUCCCUAAACUCCACCAACCUUAUCCUUUUCCCAAACCCUACAAACAAAUCCCUAUACUCUUUGGUGAAUGGUUUAAUGCUGAUCCUCAAGCAGUGCUACAACAGGCUCUUCAGACGGGUGGAGGUCCAAAUGCAUCGGAUGCUCAUACUUUUAACGGGCUUCCAGGCCCAUUAUACAAUUGCUCUACAAAAGACACAUACAAUUUAUCGGUGAAACCUGGAAAGACAUAUCUACUACGACUGAUCAAUGCUGCACUCGAUGACGAACUCUUCUUCACCAUAGCCAAUCACACAUUGACGGUUGUCGAAGCAGACGCUAGCUACGUUAAACCAUUCCAAACCAACAUUGUGCUUCUUGGUCCGGGCCAAACCACAAACGUUCUACUCAAAGCCAAACCUAUUUACCCAAAUGCAAACUUCUACAUGUUGGCAAGACCAUACUUCACUGGUCAAGGAACAAUCGAUAAUACAACCGUAGCAGGAAUCCUUAAAUACCAACAUAAACAUAAAUCUUCCAAAAAUCUUCCUGUUAUCAAACCCUUUCUCCCUCCCAUCAAUAGUACGAGCUACGCCGCGAAUUUUACAAAAAUGUUUAGAAGUUUGGCAAAUUCUAAAUAUCCGGCAAACGUGCCAAAAACCGUGGAUAAAAAAUAUUUCUUUACCGUCGGUUUAGGAACCAACCCUUGUCCUAAAAACCAAACAUGCCAAGGACCAACUAAUACCACAAAAUUCGCAGCAUCUAUCAACAAUGUGUCUUUCAUCUUACCAAACCAGACUUCUCUAUUACAAGCAUACUUCUUUGGCAUCUCCAAGAAAGUUUUUAUGACUGAUUUCCCAAGUGCUCCACUGUUUAAAUUUAAUUACACGGGCAUGCCACCGAACAACACAAUGGUCUCAAGAGGGACUAAAGUCGUGGUCUUGAAGUACAACACAACUGUUGAAUUGGUGUUGCAGGGCACUAGCAUCUUGGGUAUGGAGGCACACCCUUUUCAUCUUCAUGGCUUCAAUUUUUAUGUGGUGGGUCAAGGCUUUGGCAAUUUUGAUCCAAAUCGUGACCCAAAACAGUACAACUUAGUUGAUCCCGUCGAACGAAACACAAUCAAUGUCCCCUCGGGUGGUUGGGUUGCUAUCCGCUUCCUUGCCGAUAACCCCGGUGUGUGGUUGAUGCAUUGCCACAUCGAGAUUCAUCUAAGUUGGGGUCUGACCAUGGCUUGGGUGGUUUUGGAUGGGGACCUUCCGAAUCAGAAACUCCUUCCUCCACCCUCAGAUUUCCCAAAAUGUUGA